AUGCACAGGCAUGCCCUGCUGGGGGCACUGCCACCCCUAAUUCUACUAAUUCUAUCAGUAGAAUGCAUGAAAUUCGAUCCCGAACGGAUAGCGGCUCGUCUUCGAAUCGAUGAGAAAUGGGAUCAACUCGACGCGUUUCAAUCCGUUAAAUCAAGACGAGGUCGGCAGAUUCAACCGAAAGAAAUUAGUAUUCAAGUAACCGCUCCCCUAUUCUCCAGUCGUCUUUUUGACUAUGGAGCAUCUGCUGGUGAUGAAGAACUUCCUCAAGCAUUGGACGUUGGCAAGAAACUCGACUUGGUGCAUCCACUUCAAUUCUUCGGAUCCGAUUACAAAACUAUCUAUGUUCUCUCCAACGGAGCCGUAGGUUUUGAAGCUAGCUCUAGAUCCUACAAAUCCGGAAUCCUUCCUGGAUCUACACGGUUCUUGGCGCCAUUCUGGAAUCGUAAUGAUUUGAGGAACGGAGGAAAAGUGUACUAUCGAGAGGUGACAAAGGGAAGAGUUUUGGAGCGUGGACAAUCGGAAAUUCGUUAUCAGUACGAUAAGAAUGUGAAGGUGAAAUCGGCUUUGAUUAUCACUUGGGACAAAAUGCAGCCUUUGAAUACGGCGGCUCUUCCAGAAGAGAACACCAACACAUUCCAAGCUGCCAUUUUCAUCACUGCUAAUGGAACAUUUGCCAACUUCAUCUACAGUAACAUCGGAUGGACACAAGGCGCCGAGGUUUGUGUUUGGACAAGUUAUAAUUAA